AUGACCAAUAAUCUCAUUCUCUACCACCACAAUGACUAGUUCUGCAAAGCAGCUCCGACCAGGAACUGUUGCUAUUGAUUUCGGUACAACAGGAGGACGAGCUGUCAUCUGUUUUAAUAAUGAUCCGGACGUCAGACCCCCGAUCGCUAUCAAUCAUACUUUUCCCAUCGACUAUCUGCAGCCUGGAGCCCAAAUCAAUUUUCCAUCCAAUGCAGACCUGUUAUCAGAGGGGAACAUCCCUCCUUUAUCUCGUCUGCGCGCAUCAGAGUGUGGAAAUCUAACCCUUCCUGUCAAAAUGAUACCAUAUCUGAUUCGAAUGCACACCCUCGCCUGCAAAAGGCCCCACGCAAGCAAGACUGUUAUUGAACGCUUCUGCGGAGAGAUCCCUCAGCUUGGUGCGUUUUAUAGCAUAUUUUGCGCGCGAGAUGUCAGUGACAAAGAAAGGAUUAUUCGCCAGGCCUACAGAGUCUUUGCGGCCCUUCUUCAAUCGAUUGCCCGUUAUGCACAAGACCAAGCGUAUACAUCUGGAAUCAAAUUGGAAAGAGUCGCCUUCACUAUUCCUUCCAACUGGGACAACUGGACCCAACGGCUUGUCCUAAAGGUUAUUGGUAUUGUUUGGCCCAUGGUCUCGACAUACGACAUUCAUAUUAUCUACGAGGCAGAAGCCGUAGGUCAUUACCUUUUUCGGCUUGGUAAUAUCCGGGCUAAAAAGCGCCCACUGCGAGUUUUAAUAAUUGAUUGGGGUGGUCAUACAUUGAACACGGCCAUAGUUGAACUUCAGCCAGGGAAGCGGGGGAUAGACACGGGACCCGUCUUCUUCGAUGUUGAAAAUAUCUAUUGCGAGCAUCUAGGCUCAGCUUUAUACGUCUCUGCUUUGAAACAACACAUUAUUCAGCAAAUUGAUCAGAAUGAAGAAGUCAAGGUCGCCAAGAAACAUCGAGAUCGUUUUAUUGAAGGUGUGCUCAACGACUUUUUGAACAGGAAAUUGCAGGGCCUUCACAAAGGCCAAAAGUCCAUGGAACUGGUCGGAGACGUUUCACCCCAGUCCACAGUUUUAUUAGCAAUUGAUCAAGCAACCUUGGACCAACUAUACACGACAUACAUUGACAAAGGUGUCAAGAAAAUCAGACGAUUGAUGACAAAAAUAGUGCGAGAUAAAGCUAACUCGCUCGUUGAUUUUGAUAUCUCUGUAUUCGCAAACGGUGGCACACUCAGAAACCAACAUAUUCACGACGAACUUGCUAGUUUUGCACGAAAGAAGGGGAUCAGCUACAUAAAUUCCCACAUGGAUCACAUUCCUGGUGAUUACAGAUCUAUCGUCUCUCGGGGCGCGGCGCUCGCGGUAGCAAAUAGUGCGUCACUCAGAGACUACAUGACGACGUCAAUAUUUGCAAUUCGGCCCAGAAACUCCAUGCCGGUCACUGAAAAGGUUCCAGUCAUUUGGAAUAGUGGAAAAAGCUAUGUGCAACGCCUUAACUUGGACGGGCAACACGGCGCUACAGUGUCACUUGUCUGUCAACCCUUUGCCUGUGAUAAGGACGCCACAGAGAUACCUCUUCACAAAACCUUUCAGCUUGAGGUGAUGCCGCAAUUAAAAAAAGGCUCAUAUGAAUUUUCAAUGAGCUUUAGGCUGACUAGUGACAGAGAAAACAAAGGAGUAAUAACUCUCAAGUACUGGAUUGUUGAGAGCGAGACGCUAGUGACGCUACCAACACAGACUCUUUAUUUUGAUCCAAGCUCAACUGUCGCUUUCAUCGAACGCAGCGCAGGCGAACCAAUCCACAACUUGGACGAUGAACAAUUUCAUCAAAAGGGCUCCCACCUGUAUCGGAAAUGGCAAGAGGAACAGCUUGACAAGGGGAGUGACUUUUGGAGAGAGGCUGUUGUCGACGAUGUCAAAACCCCUAAACUGGAUGCGGCUAACCUGGCCUAUGUAAUCGAAUGUCGGCAACUGGAACCAAUAGCCAAGGCUCCUCAUCCAUCCUCAUAUGCAAGCAUGGAAAACGCAGUGCAGAGUAGUGGCAGCCGAUCUUCCAAACGCGUGGCACCCACGCGGCUCAGUAUCUCCGAAGGGAUAACGAGUCAGCGAAAGUCGAAGAAGUCGACUUUACAAGCGCCUAAAUCUAAAGUGAGAGAUGGACUUGCUCUAUCGAAUCAUGAACAGUCACAGUUGAGUAGCAAAGGCAAAGGCAAACAACCACAACAACGUCCAGAUACGUCAUGGGGUAUUGAAAGAGACACAGAAGGAGCAAUUAGCCGGGCGCAUAGGAUUCUUCAACCUAAUCCUAAUCUUGCGUGUGACCCUGGUCAGACUGUCGUUAUAAGUGACUCGGGUAGCUCUCAAGACGACGACAGCGAUGACGACGACCGAGAUGAUGGUGGUAAUGAAAAGGAGGCGGAUGUGAACCAUCACUCUAAGGACAACCAUAACGCUUUCAACGAACUCGCAACAUUUACAGCGAUAGAGUCUCAGCUAGCAACAACAAGGGUCGGAGAGGAGCCACUUGCAAGAGCUAACCGCAAUAUUGAGGCAGCUCCUAGCACUAGGCAGACUGAUCCUCUGGCAGUGGCUAGUCGGAGUCGCAUCUCCAUUUCGCGAACAUCCUCGAGACCAAGCAACGUGGCAGAGAUGCAGAAACUUUUCCGCAAGUCUCUGCCAGGCGAUCGUGAGCCUACUCAACAGCAGCUACAGGAGUUGGUUCAGCUUGUCCGAGAAGCUUUUCAUUGGCGGCGAGCUUUAGAGGCAUGGGUUGAAAAUAACCUCGAGACACUGUAUAAUUGAGUAGAUAAAAGUAUUGUUUGGAAAAUUUAACAAUUCUUCAUUAAUAAACAAAAUAGUAGGUCUAUUCUUCUCCUGAAAACAA